AUGCGGCCGUGGGAGUUUUUGAAAGCUGACCAGGCCUUUGCAGCAGAAGCCGGCGAGUCGAAUGCUGUCCAGCAGACCAACGGAGAGGGCGCCGUAGAGCAGAAAGGAGACGAGGCCGUCAAUGGCCACGCCGAGAAUAUAUUUCAGAUAACGAUCAAGCUACCGCAUGCGCCAUACGAGCACGCGAUCACCAUCUCGACCCAGGAGCAGGUGCAAGACCUCCGCCAGGCCAUCAUUGAGACACCCCAGCUGUUCCAGUACUCCUGCUUCCAUCUGGAGCUGGACGGCCAGCGCAUCAACGAUUUUGUGGAGCUAUCCGAGGUCCCGGGUCUCAAACCCGAUGCCGUCCUGACCCUCGUUGAGGACCCCUACACCGAGAAAGAGGCACGGAUGCACGUCAUUCGCGUACGGGAGCUCAUCGGCGCUGCGGGUGACCGCACGGAUGCCCUUCACGGCAUCCUGGCGGGCUUGUCGCUACACGACACUGUUGGGCAGGACGAGUCAAAAACACAGGAGGACAAGGCCGACCAGACACCUUUGAGUGAUUACGACUUCAAGGCUGGUGGCUCGGUCAAGACAUUGCAAGCUCCAGCUCAGGAGCCUGCGCCAAAGACUAUCAAGGCCAUCUCUGUCUCGCCAUGGAACCCCCCGCCGUACCACCUGCGAUCCAAGGGCCACCUCCUAUAUCUGCUUCUUACUACCAACGAAAAUGAGCAGCACCAUAUCACAUCGACGGUCGCGGGCUUCUACGUCAACAAGUCGUCCAACGCCAAGUUUGACCCGUCCCCUCGGCAAGCACCCAAGGCACACUCAGCUCAUUCGCUUCUGACUCUUCUCGAAGAGCUCUCUCCCUCCUUCUCUCAAGCGUUUCAGUCAUACCUCGAGCACACGCAAAAGCGGGAUCCGCUCACUUUCUUUCAGCUUUCGAACGCAAUUCCCGCCAACCCAUGGUUGGUCCCUGCGCCUAACUCUACGCAUACCACACAUCAGCCCGAUCUUGCGCGGACUCAAGAGAGCUAUCUGAUUGCAGGUGUGGAGAACACGGAGACGCUCCGAGACUGGAAUGAGGAAUUCCAAUCCACCCGGGAGAUGCCUAAGGAGGCUGUCCAGGACCGUGUCUUCCGUGAGCGACUUACCUCGAAGCUGUUCGCCGACUACAACGAUGCUGCCACCCGCGGAGCUAUGCUCGUAGCCCGCGGAGAGAUUGCUCCCCUCAACCCAACCGAGGCCAAGGACGCGCAGAUCUUCGUUUAUAACAACAUCUUCUACUCUUUCGGUGCUGAUGGUGUUGGCACUUUUGGUACUGAGGGUGGCGACGAGGCUGCGCGUGUGGCGGUCGGCAAGGAUGUCUUCGGUGUUCGUGCCGUCAACAACUUAGACAUCCCCAACCUGUUCACGUCUGGUACGGUCGUUGUCGACUACCUCGGCAAACGUAUCGUCGGUCAGAGCAUUGUGCCGGGUAUCUUUAAGCAACGUGACCCGGGAGAGCACCAGAUCGACUAUGGCGCAGUUGAAGGCAAGGAAAUCGUAGCAGAUGACAAGUCCUUCAUUCCCCUAUUUGAGCAGCUGUCCAAGGCACUCCGCGUUAAGAAGCAUCCUGUAUGGGAUAAGGACAACGUCCGACACGAGCUCGAGGGUAGUGUCGAAACCAAGGGUCUUAUCGGUACCGAUGGACGGCGAUAUGCCCUCGACCUCUACCGCCUCACACCCAUUGAUGUUAGCUGGAUUGAGGAGCACUGGAGCGAACCGGAGAAGGAUGGAAAGGAGAAGGAGGAAGGCAAGGACUACCCUCACCGCAUGGCAACCUUGCGCCCUGAGCUUGUUGAGUCGUUUGGCCGCUUGAAGCUUCGCGAGUACGUGAAGAAGGAGCUCGAGAAGAAGGGCGAAGCUUCUAAGGAGAAGAAGGAGAAAGAGGAGGAAAGCAGCAAGAAGCCUGAAGGCGAGUCUGACGAGGUCGCCAAGGAGGAGGCCGAAGCUGCGGACCAAGACCGCGUCGACAUUUCUGGCUUCCACUAUGCUCUCAACCCAGAUGUCUUCUGCGGCCAACAUCCCCAAACCGACGAGGACAAGGCCGAGUGGGCCAAGGACGAAGCCGAGGUUCGCGCUGCUUGCAACCACUUGCUCUUUGAGGUUAUGCCGCGGUUGAUCCAGGAGCUCAAAGACGGCGAUGUUGGAUUCCCAAUGGACGGUCAGUCCCUGAGCCUUCUUCUGCACAAGCGGGGUAUCAACAUUCGCUACCUCGGUGAGUUGGCGGAACUCUCCGACAAAGAGGACCCGCGCUUGCAGGCGCUCAGGCGUCUCGUAAUCCAGGAGAUGAUUGCUCGUGGGUUCAAGCACUUCGCCAACGCGAAACUGCGCAAUGUAUCUGCUCCCUUCGCCGCUCCAUGCGUCGCACACUUGCUCAACUGCCUUCUCGGUGGUGAGGUGAACGCGAAGCCUGUAGCUGAGAGCGAUGCCGACCUCAAGACACUCUACCCUGAAAACGACUUCAGCUUCGAGAAGUUGACUCCUGAAGAUGUCAAGAAGGAGGUUGUUGCGCAAGUCGCUCUCAGGUACCGCUUUGAACUCGAUGACGCUUGGAUUGAGCCUGGCAAACAACUGCAGAUGCUCCGUGAGAUCGCCCUGAAACUUGGCUUGCAGCUCGAGAACAAGGAAUACGGUUUCACGAAGGAGACGGUGGUGAAUGGGACAUCAAAUGCUGCCCCUACCGCCAAUGGCAACUCCACUUCAGGCAAGAAGAAGAAGGGCAAGACUGCAUCACCUGCUCGCGCUGAUAGUCCCGCGCCACAAAAUGUGCAGACUUUCCACGCGGACGACAUUCUUAACAUCGUCCCAAUCGUCAAGGAGGGCUCGCCGAAGAGCUUGCUGGCUGAAGAGGCUCUCGAAGCGGGUCGCAUGUCUGUCGCUCAGGAUCAGAAGGAGCUAGGACAGGAGCUUCUUUUGGAGUCUCUUACCCUGCACGAGCAGAUCUACGGUGUCUUGCACCCAGAAGUUGCUCGUGUUUACCACACACUGUCAAACUUGCUCUUCAACCUGGAUGACAAGGCGGCAGCACUUGAGCUCGCACACAAGGCUGUUAUCGUCUCUGAGCGCACGCUCGGCAUUGACCACACCGACACUGUUCUGGCGUAUCUCAACCUCGCCCUCUUCGAGCACGCCACUGGCAACGGCAGAACUGCUCUCGUCUACGUCCGCCAUGCCUUGGAGCUGUGGAAGGUUGUCUACGGCGUCGACCACCCUGACUCCAUCACGACGCUCAACAACGCGGCAGUGAUGCUACAGACCUUGAAGAACUUCCCCGAGUCCAAGGUUUGGUUUGAAGCCUCCCUCUCGAUCUGCGAAGAGGUAUCUGGCAAGAACUCAAUCAACACGGCUACCCUCCUUUUCCAGACCGCACAGUCGCUUGCGCUUGUUAAAGACAUGCGCGGCGCUAUGAACCGUAUGCGCGAGUCAUACACCAUCUUCAAGGAGGUCCUAGGCGCCGAGGACCGCAACACGAAGGAGGCGGAGCAGUGGCUAGAGCAACUCACUACGAGUGCCGUUACUCAAGCCAAGCAGACGCAAGCUCUUCAAUCGGGUAGAAUCCGACGUCUCCAGCUCGGCAGCCGCGGUGCUCUCCGCCCCCAGGCCGCCGUAGGACAGACUGCCAACGAGACCACGACUGCGAACCGCCCGCGAAGCGGCACUAACCGUGUAGACCAGCGGAGCAUCGACGAGCUGAUGAAGUACAUCGAGGGUGAGAGCCCGAAGAAGACGCCUAAGCAGCGGACUCCUGCGGCCAACCCUAAGAGGAGGACGCAGAAGCCUUCCUCAUAG